AUGAAAAAAGCGCUAGUUCUUUUUCUCGUUUCCGCUGUUUUCUGUAGCUUCGGUGCUAGAAGAGUGCAGAAAAGAGAAAGUUUGUUGAAUCGAAAAUGGGCUUCAAUCUUGAGUGAAUUGCACGAUAACCUUGGGGAGAUUAACCAUUUUCAUAAGUCACCCGAAGAAAAAAUUCAAGUUCGCUCUAUCAUUCAGCCAAUUCAACAUGAAACCAAAAAUACUGUGUAUGGAAAUUCAAUGAAGAGAACGAAGCUCAAAGCCGCUGUCGGAGAGAUUCCAAGACAAUUUGUCGGGCAGACAGAACUGAAAGAGCGCCUACGAAUAGACCUUCUCUUCGGAGAUAAUAAAAAAGCUCGAAAGAAGAAGAAAAUGAGCCCAAAUUCUGAAGAGCAGGGUUUGCGAUUCAGAGGACCAUUCGGCGGAAGUGGGGAUGAAAACGCAAAUGGCAGUAGCUCCAGCAAUAACAGUAGCGCAGCGAAUUCGCCGAAAAAGACGGAAUCAAAGAGAAAGAGAUUCAUAAGCGAAAGCGCUUAUCAAAGAUAUGGGAGGCGUUACAUCACAACUUCAACGCUGGAUGGACUGAUGCUGCUCCUCAAUUCUAUCGCAGUUUCGUUCGUUCUCGUCAUUAUGGGAAUUCUACAGUGGUUCUUGAGCAUAAGCGAGGCGAGUUUGGGAAAAACCGAAUCACAGAUUCUCCGAAUAAGGAGAGGAAGGGAGAAGUUCUACCGCCUCAUUCCUACCCGUUUGAUUUCGCGACUCUGGGGAGCAGUUCACGAUAUUCGACUUUUACACGCAGCAAGACCCUUUUUAUUCUCAGCGUACUCAAAAAUUUAUGGCGUGCGGAUUGAUGAAGCAGCUGAUCAGAACCUGUACAAUUACCAAAAUCUACAACAAUUCUUUAGGCGAAAAUUGCGUAAAGGGGUGCGGCCGAUUUCACCCGCGAAAAUGGUUUCGCCAUGUGAUGGCAAAAUCAUGAUUCAAGGGCGCGUUUUCGACGGAAUCAUUUCGCAAGUAAAAGGAACAACUUUCACUCUCUCCCAAUUCCUCGGCCCUUCCAACACCUCCAACGACCCUGCCGCUUACAUCCACAAAGGCGACGAUGCCGACAACAGAAGACGAUACACAAGAGGCCUGCUCAAGAAUCCAGACCAAAACCAAAUGUACUACUCGGUCAUUUACCUCGCUCCUGGAGACUAUCAUCGCUUCCACUCGCCUGUCAACUGGAAGGUAAAUUUGCGGCGACACUUUCCAGGCGAGCUUUAUUCCGUCAACCCAUCAAUUACUUCUUGGUUCGACAAUCUUUUCGUCCUCAACGAGCGAGUCUGCCUCAUCGGAGAGUGGAUGCACGGCUUUUUCAGUUAUACAGCUGUUGGAGCGACAAUGGUGGGAUCAAUAAAACUACCAUGGGAUCCAGAACUGAAAACGAACCAGAAAUCCUUCGACAGAACAAAACCAGACUACAACGACCGCAAUUGCUCGAAAGAAUUCAAAAAGGGCGAUGAAAUCGGAGAAUUCAAUCUCGGAAGUACGAUCGUUCUAGCGUUCGAAGCGCCCAGAGGACUCAAUUUCAAAUUUGAUGAUAAUCAAGUCGUCCGUCUUGGGCAAACUUUCAUCUCCAAAAUGCUCCGAGUCCAGUCGAUGCCUAAUCUCCUCACCGUCACGAGCUCCUCAGUCGACUACGAAAUGCCUUCAUCCCUCACUCGUAACAAAUCAGAUCGUCACUAA